AUGGACUCCGGCGGCGUUGGCGUAGGCGGCGGGCUGCGCGUGCGCGGGGGAGCGGCGUCCGGGCCCGGACGAGGAGAAGGCACUGCACAUGCGCCGCGGCGUCGGGGGCGGGGCGAGGGAGCGCCACUCAGGGGGCGGUGGAGGGGAGCUCCUCACAGCGGUCCGGGGAGCUCGUGCACCUGCCUUUUGAUUGUGGAAAUUUUAAAUGUGGCAAAGCACAGUGAGCAUCUAGAACUAAAGAAACGAGAAUCUUUUCAUUGUGAGGGAAGAACAGUCCGGACGCAGCCGGGGAAGGGGUCAGAGCCCCGUCCGCGUGACUGGAAGCCGGAGAAGAACCAGGACGAAGCAGAGGUGAAGAGCCGAAGGUGGAAGCGCAGAAAAGAGUGCCAGUUUUAUGAACAGAAAAAGGGGUAUGCCAAUGCAGGGAGCUUAGGUCAAAAGGCUAAGACGUGUGAGGGUCUCGUGGGGAGCACUGGGUUGGUCAGAGCCGGGAGCAGAGCAAGGCCGAGCUGCCGGCACGCGGCGCCCCGCAAGGUGGCGGAGGACGGCGCAGGGGGCGGGCCUCAGCCUUCCGGCCGGCCGCUCCUAAGACUGCGCGGGGAAGCGCUGCCCCCGGCGAGGCGGUUAGAGCCGCACUGCCCUGCGGCGCACUUGACUGCGAGGUGGGGAUGGCGCUGGAAAGGAGUAACCGCUCUGAUGGCUGCGAAACCAGCCGCGGAGCUCAUUUUAUUUUCCGUGCCUGUAAAACGACCACGCCUUUCCUCUGAUAUGCAGCAAGCGGGAUUCCUCUCAAAGGCUCCCCCCUACGCUAUUUUUUUGCAUUUGAAACAAAGUACAGAGCAGGGACCCGGGAUGUCAACAAGCCAGGGGUGGCGCAAAGGCAAGGGAAUGGAAGUUCUGAGCCGACGGGGGAGGGCGCGCAAUCGUGUGAGCUGCGAUGAAGGUGCUAUCCAUCUUCAGAGAUUAAAGGAAGAGGUUUAUUGAGUGGAGUAGAUGCGAGAGUGCUUGGGCCCGGAGGAUGCCGGUUCUUUCCGAGGAGAGACAAAACGCGCAUUUUAUCACCGCCAUCGCGGGCGGUUCGGUGCCAGGCAGAAAAACUGCCCCGCGAGGGCGCGCACCGAGCCGGGUAGGCGCUAGGGUCGCGGUUGCUGCUUCGAUGAGCUUUAUCAGCUGGCCUCGUCUAGUUAGCAGAGAGUUGUUUUUUAUUGUCUGAACUGGGUCUCACGAAAUGCCUGGAUUGAUGAAGACUGGCAGGAUGAAGGGGGACCACUCUCAGACAGCAGCAAUGGGUUCUAUAAAACCCAAGAAGCAUAAGAAGAUCUGGACAAUUCAAGCAACUACACAUGGUUCUGUAGUGGAACUGUUAACCUAAUGGGAAUUUCAGAAAGUCUACUUGAGGUCAGUUCAUUAAAAAAAAAAAAAAAACUUAUGUAGGGGUUGGGGAUUUAGCACAGCAGCAUAAGCACCUGCCUGGCCAGUGUAAAGUCCUAAGUUUGAUUGCCAGUACCAAAAAAAGAAACACUUUAAACAAAAAAUCGUAUGUAUUCACUUUAAGGCACUAGAACUUCAUUGUGAAGGUGAGAUGAUAGAAGAGAUUUGGGGAAAAAAAAAGAUUUUAAAAAGGGGGGAGAUGGGGGUUUAGCUCAGUGGCACAAGUGCUUGCCUGGCAAGUGUAAGGUCAUGAGUUUAAUCCCCACUUCGAAAAAAAGAUAAGAAAAAAGAAAUAGAUUCAACUCUGGCCUCAGUUUGGAGGAGGCACUGUAGAAAGAUGAGAUGGGAGAUACUUAGCUGACUGAUACAGUAACACAGAGACAAGAGCAAGGCCUGGAGCAGCAGUUUCAGAGGCGCCUGGGCUCUAGGGAAACCCAAGGCCAGAACGAAAGCAGCCAGAUACGUCAAAAGGAAAGGCUUUAACUUUGUGAGACCCUAUCGCAAAAUAAAAAGUAAAAAGGACUGGGAACUCAGCUCCAUGCAGAGGACCUGGGUUCUGUCCUUCACACCACAAAACAAGUAUUUACCACCCACCCACGUCUGGGGAUGUAGAGCACUUGGAUGAGGUCUGCAACCAUCCCCAGCACUACAUUAAAAAACUAUAAUUAGUAAUCUUCAUUUAUUGGGGGUCAGGGUUAUAUAAGGUGGCCUUGAGCUCACUAUGUAGCUCAGGCUGGCCUCAAACUCAGGGUAUUACUCCUGCCUCAGCUUCCUAAGUGCUGAGUGCUGGGAUUACAGGGGUGUACUGCCACAGUGCCCAGGCUGUAAUCAGUAUGCUCUUAGAACGGGAAUUGUAACCAUUGCUUCAAUUUUUAAGACAUUGUAACUUUAUGCUGUGGUUUGUAUAUUCCUAGACAACUUAUUUCUUACCCCCAAAUUGCUCUUAUCUAGACACCUGCUGUCAUCUUUUAUUUUCUGCACCCUUAAUAUGUUUGUUGGAAAGUGUCUAGAACAUUCUGAGGAAAAGUACAGCAAAAUCCAAACUAGUAAUUAUUAGCAAGUAUAAUACUGAUUUGAACUUAAAAUACUUUUAGAAAGUAUCCGCGAGGCUGGGAUUUAGCUCAACGGCAUAAGCACCCGCCUUGCAAGCAUGCAGCUGUGAGUUCAAUCCCUGGAACCAAUUUUUUUAAAAAACAAACCAUCUGAAGUCACAAAUAUAUAUAUGUAUCUCAAUAUUUUAAUAUAU